UUUCGGUAUACGACAAAAAACUUCUUACGUCCUUUUCAAAAAAAUGCAGCGUUCUGUUGAAAUAUUUCAUACUCUGCUAGCCGAAACGAUGUGUACGAAAGAGAGAACAUACACUGCGGCAUUAUUAGAGCUUUUUCGAACAUUGCUCAAGCAUCGGAUAACUUCAUGGCCUGUGCGACCGAACUCGAUCCCAAAAGAGAAGAGACAACGACGACGACGGCAGACAUCUUUGUUUCUUGCGGACGAGUUUUGUAUCAAAUUUUCGCGUUUUUAUACCGCCCAGACACUGUUUUUCAGCACUAAAGUAGGUUCGACAGAUGUCUUUCAACAACGGGAAGCGUUAGUAGAGUACUUUACCAGCGUAAGAAAGUACCAAAAGUGAAAAUAUUUGCACAGAAAAGUCGAAAUUUCCUGCGAGUGCGUUAGAGCAGAAAGUGUAGAGCUGGGUUUAUUGCGCCGGGGGUGUAGGAAGAAGCGGAAAAGGAGAGGCGGAAAUUUUUCGCAGUUUUCUGCUUUGAAGCAAGCUUGUACGUAUGCGUCAGUGUACGUGAGCCAUCCAAAGGAGAAUAGCAGGAGCAAACAUCAACAAAAGUUGCCAAAGUAUAGAGUGUGUGAGAGAGAAAGAGAAUCAACAAAGGAAAGCGCAGGGAGCGCAGCAGCUGCCGUUUCAGAUUCGGACGGAGCUGAAAGCAAUCUGGGCUGAAAUGUCCUCUCACCAGGAUAUAAUGUGCGAAGUGGAAAUAUCUGAUUCCAACAUUGUAGAAGUAGUAGAUGACGGACACUUUGGAACGGAAAUAGACUACGAGCAAUAUGAGGUAGGCGUCGGAGAUGACCAGUACGAAGAGGUUACCUGUGAAACAGAAGAUUCGCAGGGUUUAAUGAUGCAUCAAAUGGAUGAUGAUGAAGAAAUUCUUCACCAAGAAGCAGAUAUCCAAGCACAUGAGGAGGUAUUAGAUUCAUCCGGAGAUCCAUUGUGUGUUUACGGUGAUAUAAAUCUGGAAAAUGAAAUAUAUAUCGAGUCCACUCCAGGACCAAGUUCCAGGAAACGGAAAUCAGGAAUGAAGCAGCCACGUAUUGUGAACCGUAUCCGUACGAAUGACAUCCACAAUCUGACGGCUGUUGAAACAUUGGACGUUAACCAAAAGCCCAGGCGCUGGGAACAGAAACAAGUACAAAUAAAAACGAUGGAAGGAGAAUUCAGCGUCACAAUGUGGGCUUCAGGGACAGACGAUGAUGAUGGCUCGAACCCUGAACCUGAUCCUGACUACACUGAAUAUAUGACCGGUAAAAAGAUCACUCAAGAUUGUGUCCCUGGCAUUGAUCUAUCCGAUCCCAAGCAGUUAGCAGAGUUUGCCAGACCUGGUCAUAAAACGAAACUUAAUAAAUUAUCCAAUACAUCAACAAUAGCAGGAAUGUCCUCUAAAAUCGGUGCCACCGGAGGUGAAUCUUCGGAUAGGAAUAUCGCAUGCCCACACAAAGGAUGCAACAAAAUGUUCCGUGACAACUCCGCAAUGCGAAAACAUCUGCAUACUCAUGGGCCUCGGGUUCACGUUUGUGCGGAGUGUGGAAAAUCUUUUGUCGAAAGCUCGAAACUAAAACGUCACCAGCUUGUCCACACUGGUGAAAAACCAUUCCAGUGUACAUUCGAAGGCUGCGGUAAACGCUUUUCCCUGGAUUUCAAUCUGCGAACCCAUGUAAGGAUACACACCGGAGAUCGACCUUAUGUUUGUCCAUUUGAUGGUUGCAAUAAAAAGUUCGCUCAAUCCACUAAUCUCAAGUCGCACAUCCUGACGCACGCCAAGGCCAAACGGAACAACAGCGGCGGUGGUGGUGGUGGAAGUCGAAACAAUAACCUCAUGGCAUCUCACUCAAUUCUUCCAUCGCAGUCCUUUGUGAAGAUGGAAACCGUUGAGAUCGAUAACGACUCGCAGUAUAUUGUUUAUACCGAUUAGGCUUAGUUCGAGUUCAACGGACUGCCGAACUUCACAGAAUACAUCUCAGGAGGAGAACGCUAAUGAGUUGCCGAACGCGGUGUGUGAGUGCGUGUGCGUAACGAUCAGUGUGUACAUUCAAAGAUAAUCCCCAUCGGGGAUUUAACAUGUCUUUGCACUUUUUUACGUUUUACAAAUGGUAAAAUAGCGCAACAUAAACUAAAAACUAUCAGCUAGGAAAAGUUUUGCACAGUUCGAAUCUGGAAUUACGAUGGAAUGCAAAAUGGCUUUCCUAUAAUUUUAUUUCUCAUUCACUGUAAAUAGCCGCAAAAAGUCAUCUUCAAUCAAAGUUGGUUGUAUUUUAAAAUAGUUUUCUUUUUAGUUUUUCUUCAUUUUCUAUGGUCUCCCAAUUUAUAAUAUUGAUUUAAAGGUAGUGAUAAAUUAGCAGUUAAUUGUCUUCAUUUACUUGCAUCAACAUCGAUUGAUAGAAGUUUUGGCUAGUUGAGAAAACCAAGAAAUUAGAGAAAACAAGAAAUAAAUAUCUGUCUAUUAUAUUUUUAAAAUAACACGAAAAAGGAAAACAAAAACAACUUAGUAAUGUAUAAUAAACUUUGCGAUUUGAAGAUUGUGUUGAAAUUUGAACUGUAUGUGAGACUGUUCCCAGAAUACGUUCACGGAAAAGGAUGAAGCCUAAGAGUAACUAUCCAUUCUCGGUUGAAAAAGAACAAUCCCGUAACACUUUAUGCCUUUGCAAUGCUUGUAAAUUGACAUGCAUUUGAGUCUUAGGAAUGUCUACGGUUGUAUAGCAGAAAAAUAAUUGGCAAAUGCGAGGGCUAAAUGACAUUUCUUCCGGAGGUUACUCGCUUAAACACUUAUUCAGUGGACGUGCAUUCAAACACUGUAUAAGAGCUGACGAUGAAGUGAUAGGGAAUACUAUAGAACUUGGAUGAUUGCAGUAUACGCUAACUUACUGCGAGAAGAAAACAAAUGUGCGUGAGCGCGAAUGUCGUGAUUAUUAGCUGGUAAGAUAAUAAAUUACUCCUACAAUUAAGGUGGUUUAUUUUUUAACGAAAUAAAGUAAGAAGCAACAAUAUCUGCAUAAUUACAAUUGAUUUUUGAUGAAUUGUAAAACCACAAAAAAAACUGAUUAAAGUUAUGUAAAACCGAUUAAUUUAAAAAAUAGCGGUAUGAAAUAAACAAUCCUUACACAAGUGUAGUUACAAAAAAGAGGAUGAUAUGAAAAAAUAAACAAAAAUGCCAAAAUA